CCAUCCUUUCCUACUGGCCACCAAUUCUCUUGUGAAGUCCGAAGACGUUACAAUUUGAACCACCACCACACAAAUUGGCUCAUUUCUCCCUCCCCACCAAAAUUAGAGGGAGAGAAAGAGGAGGAUAGAGAGAGAAGCUUAUUUUCCUAUAGCACGCCCAUGAAAAAUCUAUUGGAGUUUGAGUAGUGAGAGUGCUAAGAAGUUGGGUUCAGAAUGGCUACUUGUUUGCUGCCUAAUGGGGUUGGAGGGGUUGGUUUGAGGAGGAGGAGCAUUGAGAAGACUCAACGUUUUCCGAGCAAGAAGUUGGUCGGAAGUCGCCAGAAACCGGGCGUGGUGCGGGCGGGAUUGGGGGAAUUGGUGCACGGCUUAUUCGUUGGUGUUGGUGUUGGGCUGCCGUGCACGGUCAUGGAGUGUGGGGACAUCAUCUACAGAAGCACUCUGCCCCGUUCCAAUGGCCUCACCAUCACUGCCCCUGGUGUUCUUCUAGGCAUGACUGCAAUUUCAUAUCUAUGGGCAACGCCUGGAGUGGCGCCGGGCUUCUUUGAUAUGUUCGUCCUCGCCUUCGUUGAACGCCUCUUCCGUCCAACCUAUCGAAAGGAUGAUUUCGCAUUGGGGAAGAAAAUCGGGGAGGGGGCAUUUGGAGUGGUCUAUAAAGUUUCCUCGUCAAAGAAAGCUUUAGGAAAGGAAAGUGAAUUGGUCUUAAAGAAGGCCACUGAGUAUGGUGCAGUUGAGAUUUGGAUGAAUGAACGUGUGCGUAGAGCCUGUGCAAGCAGUUGUGCUGAUUUUGUAUAUGGAUUUCUUGAGAGUUCUGCAAAAGGAAAAGGUCAGGAAUAUUGGCUUAUAUGGCGUUAUGAAGGGGAAUCCACUCUUUCAGACCUAAUGCUCAGUAAAGAUUUCCCUUACAAUGUUGAAACUCUGAUUCUUGGAGAACCACAAGAUCUGCCAAAAAGUUUAGAAAGAGAGAACAAAAUUAUACAAACAAUAAUGAGACAGCUACUGUUUGCACUUGAUGGGCUGCAUUCAACCGGCAUUGUUCAUAGGGAUAUCAAGCCCCAAAACAUUAUCUUCUCUGAAGAGGCUCGUGCAUUUAAAAUAAUUGACCUUGGGGCAGCAGCUGAUCUAAGAGUUGGCAUCAAUUAUGUUCCCAAGGAAUUUCUCUUGGAUCCCAGGUAUGCUGCACCUGAGCAAUACAUAAUGAGCACACAGACUCCUUCUGCACCCUCUGCUCCUGUAGCAACUGCACUUUCUCCGGUCCUAUGGCGGAUGAACUUGCCAGACAGGUUUGACAUUUACAGUGCAGGCCUCAUAUUCUUGCAAAUGGCUUUCCCAUCAUUGCGCACUGAUAGCAGUCUCAUACAAUUCAAUCGUCAACUUAAGCGAUGUGACUUUGACUUGGCUGCAUGGAGGAAGAGUGUUGAACCUCGUGCAAGCCCAGAUCUUCGCAGAGGUUUUCAACUGUUGGAUCUAGAUGAAGAAAUGGGUUGGGAGCUUCUCACAUCUAUGGUGCGAUACAAAGCUCGGCAAAGAAUCAGUGCAAAGGGUGCCCUUGCUCAUCCAUACUUCAACAGGGAAGGCCUAUUGGGCCUCUCUUUCAUGCAGAACUUCAGGUUACAGCUACUUCGCGCUACACAACAAGAUUACAGUGAAGCUGCCAAAUGGAUAAUCAAUCUCAUGGCAAAAUCUGGCACAGAAAAAGAAGGUGGCUUCACUGAAGCCCAGCUGCAGGAGAUCAGGGAAAUACAACCAAGAAAGAAAUCUAGUGCUCAGCGCAAUGCUCUCGCUUCUGUAUUGCGUGUUCAGAGAAAGAUUAUUAAGACCCUGAACGAGAGCAUGGACGAGUUGAAUAGGAGGAGAAAGAGCUUAUGGUGGAGCAGAUGGAUUCCAAGGGAGGAAUAGAUGUAGACAAUUUGUACAUAGGCCUUACGAUCUGCUUUGUGUGGUCAUCUGAAGGUUCAGCAUAAGCAAUUGGAAUGCAUGUACAUAUGAGUUCAUAAAAUGAAAACCUUUAUUGAGUAUGUAUACAUAUAUCCGAAUCUAGAGAGGUUAUUUGAACAGUCUUUUGUUGGUACGGCUGUUUGUAGAGGUUGCUUGUCCUUUUUUUGUUGAAGGCUCUAUAUCUGCACCUUCAGCUGUACAUUCUAUCCUUGAUUUAGUGGCUAAUCAGUUGAUAGCA